AUGUUCUCACUGUGUCGCUGGCCACCACAGGUGCGAGGACACAGAGAUGGCAAAAUCAAGCCUGCAGCGCGCGCCGUUGCUGCUGCUUCUCUCAAAGUGUCCCGGGGCGAGGAGGUUCCUGAAUAUGACGAUCUGGCCGCCAGAUAUAACUUGCUUGCUCGCCGAGAAGCCAAACGAAGAGCUCCGCCGUCAUCUGCCUCGACUGCAGACGCCGCCUCCGCUGUGAGCACAAAUGCUCUAGCCGGGCUGAUACGGCGACAAAACGAAAUCCUUCUGGAUAUCCGAGCGGAGUUGAGCGCAAUGCGCGAGAGGGCUGGUGCAGGGACGCCACCGGUGGAAGAUUCAGAUGUCCAUGAAGAUGACUACGAGCAUGACUUGGAAACUGUGGAGUGA